AUGUUUCCCUCGCUCGCACUCGCCCCAUUGCUGCUGGCCGGCUUGCAGGCUGUGACCGUGAACGCCAUCCCCACCAUCUCCGCCACUGGUUCCAAGUUCUUCUACGAGAAUGGUACUCAGUACUACAUCAAGGGUAUCGCCUAUCAGCUCACUCCCGACGAUCCGCUUAUCGAUGAGGCCCAAUGCAAGCGCGAUAUUGUCCGCAUGUCCGAGUUGGGUGCCAAUGCUAUCCGAGUGUACCACGUGGAUGCCAGUGCCGACCACGAAGGCUGCAUGACCGCCUUUGCCGACGCCGGGAUCUACUUGUUUGUUGAUCUUGACACUUUCACCACCGCGAUUGAUCAGACUAGCCCCCACUGGAAUGAGACCCAGUAUGAGCGCUUCUCUGCUGUUCUGGACGAGUUCCAGCAAUACGACAACACCGCUGGUGUCUUUGUUGGAAACGAGGUUCUGACCACCGCUGAGGGUUCCAUCGCCGCCCCCUAUGUCUUGGCUGCCGCCCGCGAUAUCAAGGCCUACCGUGAUAAGAAGGGAUACCGUGAAAUUCCAGUUGGAUACUCCGCUGCUGACAUUUCUGCCCUCCGACCCAUGCUGCAGAAUUACAUGGCAUGCAGCUCGAACUCCUCGGAACGCCUGGACUUUUAUUCGCUGAAUGCUUACGAGUGGUGUGGCGAGUCGAGUUACUCUGUAUCCGGUUACGAAGAGCUGCAGAAGAACGCCACUGGUUACCCCAUUCCCAUCUUCUUCUCCGAGACCGGUUGCAACACCCCGGCUCCUCGUACCUUUGAUGACCAGGCCGCCAUUCUCGGCGACGAGAUGGACGGUACCUGGUCUGGUGCUAUCAUCUACGAGUGGAUCGAGGAGACCAAUGACUACGGUUUGAUCAGCUACGGUGCUUCCGUCUCCAACGCCGCUGCCACCAACACCCUCGUUGAGGAUGGAUACACUCGCCAGGGUACCCCGACUCCCGUGUCGCCUGAUUUCACGAAUCUCAAGACCCACUGGGCAACCCUGAACCCGACCGGUGUCUCUCUCUCUGCUUACAAGAAGUCCACCUCCACAAUCAGCCCUAUGGAGUGCCCGUCGUCAACAUCUGGUGGUUGGGCCGUGAACCCGAGCUCCGCUCUUCCUACUCUGGGCCAGACCUACAGCAAGGACUCAAAAUCGGCUGACUCCACUGGCUCUGAUAGCACGAACACCGCUUCUGCCUCAGGAUCCACCGCUACUUCCACCAAGAGCGGUGCGGCUAGCAAUGUGAUGAUUGCCGGUAACCCUGCCACCGAGCGCUUGUUCACUGCUUCCCUGCUCCUGUCUGGUGUUUUGGGAUUGUUUGCCUUUUGGCUUUGA